GUAGUUUUGAAAUUAUUCUGAUGUAAAUGGUUGCUGAAAAAUUGAUUACAAAAAGAGAUCAACAUCAUGUAUAUGAAAUGGUUUAUAAGAAGAAAACCUAUUUCAAUAAUAAAGAAUCAAUCUAUUAUACAAGAUAUUCAUUCACAUAUUUAUAUAAUAAUACGUAGAUUACGUAUGCAAACAUGUUAUAUUCUAUUAAUUUGUUGUUGUUUUAUAUUAUUACUAAUAUAUGAAAAACAAGUAGUUUUAUCAUAUACAUGUCAAAUGAAAUUAUUUCAAUUCUCUUCAUUAUGUUCAAUAAUCAACAUAAAUAAACAAAUAUUAGAUGAUUCAAUUUAUGUUGAAAAUUUACAAGAGACACAAUUUCAAAAAAACAUUAUCACAAUUGAUAUUUCACUUGUUAUUGGAGGUGAACAAGCUGCUCGUGGACUUGUAACAUUAAUUAAAAGUAUUUUACUUCAAAGAAGUUGGGAAAAAUCUAUUGAAUUUUCUAAAUUUUCUAGAUCAUCAAAUUUGAAGUCAAUAGGAACAUUUAAAGAAAGGAAAUCAAUAAUGGAUAAUGUGAAUCAAAAUAAUGAGUGUUAUAUAAGACAUAUUAAUUUACAUUUAAUAAGUGAUUAUCAUGCAUUCAAAAGUCUUUCAACAUUAUUUGAUACAUGGAAUAUUCCAAAUUUUGAUGUCCAUUUUUAUCAACUGGAACUAUAUCUGCAUAAAAUAUCUUGGAUACCUAAUACUCAUUAUUCUGGACUAUUUGGUUUGUCAAAACUGUUGAUACCGGAGAUUUUACCAGAAUCAGUGGAAAAGGUUAUUAAUCUUGAUGUUGAUCUUCUGGUGAAUUCUGAUCUGUUGGAACUUUGGGCUCAUUUUCAAAAGUUCAACUCCAGUCAAAUGAUUGGAUUAGUUGCAAAUCAAAGUCCAUGGUAUUUAAGAAAAACUAACCGAAUAGUAUGGCCUGCUUGGGGUCCUGGCUUUAACACUGGUGUUAUGUUACUAGACCUUGUACGUUUGAGAGAGUUCCAUUGGUCAGAACACUGGUACCAAACAACAAAAUCUGCAUUACUGCAUAUACCUUAUGCAAUGUUAGCCGAUCAGGACAUAAUUAACGCAGCUUUAGUAGAAAUUCCUUCAAUUAUUUAUCAAUUACCAUGUGAAUGGAAUGUUCAACUUACAUCUAGUAUGAAUACAAAAUUAUGUCAAGUAAUUUGGUCAAAUAAUUAUCCAAUUAAUAAUGAUAGUAAUAAUGUACAGAAUUUUAAUUCAAAUACAUUUGAAUCAUUUAAUCAUCUUUUAAAAAUUGCUCAUUUUAAUUAUCCAAUUAAAGCAGAUAUGAUUACAUUGAAUGAAAUUAUAGAUGAUGAUCAAUUACGUCUAAGAUUAAAACGACAAUUUAUGAGAAUGUAUCGUUAUUAUCAAAAUUUUGAUGGGACAAUAGUUCAAUCACCCGUGAAACUAAUAUCAUGUUCAAAAUACUAUAAUCCUACUACUUUCACUCACAAAAUUAAUCAAAUAAAUUCAAAAAAUAUUAUCACAAUUGAUGGUUGUGAAGAAUUUUCAGAAGAUUUACUCAAAAUACGUCGGAUACAUCCAUAUUAUUUUAGAUAUAAUUUUCCUACGUUUUCAAUAAAUAAUCAUAAUAAUAAUGUAACAAAUAUGAAAAAUCAUGUUAGCCUUGUUUCACAAUUAACUUUUGAUAGAUUGCAUCGACUUGAAGAGCUUGCAAUAAGAUGGCUUGGACCAAUGAGUUUAGCACUGUAUUUAACUGAUAGAGAAGCAACAUUGUUGACAGAGUAUAUUACAAAUUCUCGAAUUCUACAAAAUCGUACAAAUAUUGGUUAUCAUAUUGUAUAUGUAGAUGGAAAAUUUUAUCCGAUCAAUCUAUUACGUAAUAUUGCUAUAAAAUACUCAAUAACGGAAUUUAUAUUUCACAUUGAUAUUGACUUUUUACCACAAGAAAACAUUAUUGAUUCUAUUGAAAAAUCUAUAAAUGAACAUUUUAUACAAAACAAUAAAUCACAAAAUAUUUGUUUAGUAGUGCCAGCAUUUGAAACUUUUAAAAAUCAUUUAAAACUACCAGAAACAAAAAAGAUUUAUUAAAUUCUUGGGAAAUCGGAGAGAUUUUACCAUUUCGGCAUAAAAUCUGGUCAGCUGGUCAUAUGUCAACGAAUUAUUCACAUUGGAAAUUCUCUAACAAUGAUUACGAAGUACAAUGGUCAGCAGAUUAUGAACCGUAUGUGAUUGUCUCACGUUAUACAACAAUGUUCGAUGAAAUUUUCAUUGGAUUCGGUUGGAAUAAAGCCUCAUAUAUUAUGGCAUUAGAUGCAUUAGGUUAUAAAUUCAUUGUUCUAACCAAUGUAUUUCUUAUACAUUUACCUCAUCCACCAAGUUUUGAAGUGUUUCGUUAUCGAAUGAAUUCAGUUUACAAAUCAUGUAUUGACAAAUUGAAAUUGGAUUUUAUUAAACGUUUAGCAAAAAAACAUGGUGUACAAGCAUUAAAAUAUCUUCAGUUUCGUAAGGAUUUACAAAUAAACCAAAAAUAAAACAAAAUAUAUUGAAUUCAAUUAUUAUAGGAUUUCAUCAGAUGAUCAUUUCUAAUAUGAACAUGUAUCAACCAUUAUACUUGAGUAAAAAAAAUAUACCUCGUUUAAUUCAAACAAAUAAAGAAAAUUAUUCGAUCAACAAAAUGAUUACCAGAUCUAAUAUUCUUUAGCCCAAUCAUAAAACAAACAAAAAAAGAGAUCAAAAUUGAACAUGAAAUAAAUAUCCUUUUAUUUGUGAUGUAUUUAAACUUGUAAAUUAGAUACAUUUUUAUGUACAUUAUAAAUGGACAGUAAGUUUAUAUAUAAAGUAUGAACAGAAAUUACUUCUAGGAAGAACACUUGACUAAAUAUGACAAAAUAUGUAUUUCUAACAGU